CCCCGGGACCGCGGCACCAACUUUCUGAGUGUCCGCAGACACCGCGCGGCAGGAGGAACCGGGGCCGCACGCAGAUUUUGAGUCUUCUGGGGUUUUCUGACAGAACCAAAUGUUGGAGAUGCCCUUUGCACUCCUCUGAAAGGUGACGUGAGCAAAUACAACCCAACAGUGCACUACUGAAGAUGGCAUCACAGGUUUGGGGAAGAGAUCAUGAAGUUUGAAGAAGUUACAUUUUUGACAUGAUACUUGAAGUUAAUGACUGCCUACCACAUUUUUACGAAAAUUAAAUAUGACUUAGAAGCUUGAAGGUUUAUGAUGUCAUCAGUUUCGACAGAAAGCAAACUCCAGCAGGCUGUGAGCCUGCAGGGAGUUGACCCAGAAACAUGCAUGAUUGUGUUCAAGAACCACUGGGCACAGGUUGUGAAAAUUUUAGAGAAGCACGAUCCCUUGAAGAACACCCAGGCAAAGUAUGGGUCUAUUCCCCCAGAUGAGGCCAGUGCUGUGCAGAACUAUGUAGAACACAUGAUUUUCCUGCUAAUUGAGGAGAAAGCCAAGGGUGCUGCGAUGGGGCCGAUUCUGGAAUUUGUCGUCUCGGAGAAUAUCAUGGAGAAGCUCUUCCUUUGGAGUUUGAGACGAGAAUUUACUGAUGAAACUAAAAUUGAGCAGCUAAGGAUGUACGAGAUGUUGGUCACCCAGUCACACCAGCCUUUGCUGCACCAUAAGCCCAUUCUGAAGCCCUUGAUGAUGUUGCUGAGCUCUUGUUCGGGAACAGCCACUGCAGCUGUGGAGGGGAAACUGGUAGUUUUGCUCAACCAGCUCUGUUCCAUCCUUGCCAAAGAUCCAUCCAUUCUGGAACUCUUCUUCCACACCAGUGAGGACCAAGGGGCUGCCAACUUCCUCAUCUUCUCCCUUCUGAUACCCUUCAUUCAUCGCGAGGGGACAGUAGGCCAGCAAGCUCGGGAUGCUCUGUUAUUUAUCAUGUCUCUCUCUGCUGAGAACACCAUGGUGGCCCAUCACAUCGUGGAGAACACCUAUUUCUGUCCAGUACUUGCAACUGGACUCAGUGGGCUCUACUCUUCCUUGCCCACAAAGCUGGAAGAAAAGGGUGAAGAGUGGCAUUGCCUUCUCAAAGAUGACUGGCUUCUGCUGCCCUCCCUUGUACAGUUCAUGAACUCCCUGGAGUUUUGCAAUGCAGUCAUCCAGGUGGCUCACCCCUUGAUCCGCAGUCAGCUUGUCGGCUACAUUUACAAUGGAUUUUUAGUACCAGUCUUGGCUCCUGCCCUCCAUAAGGUGACGGUGGAGGAGGUGAUGACCACAACUGCAUACCUGGACCUUUUCCUUCGCAGCAUCACUGAGCCAGCACUCCUGGAGAUCUUCCUCCGUUUCAUCCUCCUGCACCAACAUGAGAAUGUCCACAUUCUUGACACUCUCACCAGCAGAAUCAACACCCCAUUUCGGCUUUGUGUGGUGUCCCUGGCGCUAUUCAGAACUCUUAUCGGUUUACAUUGUGAAGAUGUGAUGUUGCAACUAGUUUUAAGGUAUCUGAUCCCCUGCAAUCACAUGAUGCUGAGUCAGAGGUGGGCUGUGAAGGAGCGAGACUGCUACUCCGUAUCCGCAGCCAAGCUGCUUGCCUUGACCCCUGUCUGCUGUGCCAGUGGCAUCACUCUGACACUUGGGAACCAAGAGAGGGACUAUAUUCUCUGGUCAAAGUGUACCCAUGAUGCUUCAGGGCCUGAGGAACAGCUGCUACCCGAAGUGCCCUCUUCACCAUUGCCACCCUCCCCAGCACCCUGCAUUGUAGAGUAUGGGAAAGCCCUGGACAUUAGCUAUCUUCAGUACCUCUGGGAGGCCCACACCAACAUCCUCCGAUGCAUGAGGGACUGCAGGGUGUGGUCAGCCCUCUAUGAUGGGGACUUUCCAGACCCUGAGACCUUUCUGCAAAGUCAAACAGAGGAGAGCCGAGAAAGCGCAGCCCACCCUGAGAACAGACUCCCACAACAGCACACAAGGAUAGUAAGGCAGACAAAGGACAAGAACCAGACGGAGCUGGAAUGGGAUGACAGCUAUGACACUGGGAUCUCCUCAGGGGCUGAUGUGGGCUCCCCUGGGCCUUAUGAUGAUCUGGAAACUCCAGCACCCCCAGCACCUGUUGAUCCUCCCAGACACAUCCAAGAGAUGAAGAAGAAUGCCAUCCUUCUCUUCAAAGGCUCCUAUAUCGAGGAGUCAGACUUCCAGGAUGAUGUGAUGGUGUACAGGCUGUGUGCUGAGAAAGACUCAGAACAGGCCAGGGAGCCACAGGAGCAAGCCACAGUCUCACCAGCUGAGGCCCAGCCUGAGGCUCAGUCAGAGGCCCAGCCUGAGGCUCAGGGUCCACCCAUGAGCAAUGGCCCUGUUUUCGGCACCCAUCCAGAGGCAGGGUUGCAGCCAAGCAGGGACAGUUCAUACCUAUGUCAGAACAGAUCCAAGAAAGCCAAGCAAGAGCAUGAACCUGAAAUAGUCCUGGAAUCAAACUCAGAGUUUGAAGUCCCUAUGCCUGAGGAAGAGCCCCAGUCAGACCUGCCCAUCGCAAACCCAGAGAGUGAAGAUUUCAUUGCCCAGUAUGACCAAAUCAUUCAAGAGCUGGAUUCUGGAACUGAGGGCCUGAUGGAACAGAGCAUCCCCAUGCCUGACCUCUUGCUUCUCACAAGCAAGGAAGAAAGGAAAGAAGAGAGCAGGGGAGAAGAGGGGGAGAAGGACGCAGGAGAGGAGGAGGAGGAGGACUUCGACUCCCUCAUGGCAGCAGCUCCCGCCGUGGAGACUGUGCCUUCCCCGUUCGGGGUCAGAGAGGACACUGCCUUUGCCAGUCACCUUCCCGUGAGGACUCAGAGCACUCCGUUCACAGGUCCGUUCAUCAGUGUGGUCUUGUCAAAGCUGGAGAACAUGCUAGAGAACUCUCUGCAUGUCAACUUGCUACUUAUUGGUAUCAUCACCCAGCUGGCCAGUUACCCCCAGCCGCUCCUGCGUUCCUUUCUCCUCAACACCAACAUGGUCUUCCAGCCUAGUGUCCGCUCUCUCUAUCAGGUCCUUGCAUCUGUGAAAAACAAAAUCGAGCAGUUUGCUUCUGUGGAGAGAGACUUCCCUGGCCUCCUUAUCCAAGCCCAGCAGUACCUGCUCUUCCGGGUAGACAUGUCUGAUGUGACCCCUGCAGCACUAACCAAAGCACACACGAAGUCUGGUUCUCAGGACUGCAAGAGCUGACAACGAAGAAAACACAGCAGUUGUCAGCACCGAAUGGGCGUGCAGAAGACCUGUAAAGACCGAGUGUGCGAGUGGCACUUUCCUCUGGGAAUACCCAAUCCAUAUGCUGUUUUCACUGACAAAAUCACUUGUGGACGCCUGCCUGGAGCUGGCUGCACCUGAACGAGGAAAGCCCUGGCCUUGAAACAGUCUCAGGACUCCUUCGGAGUGUUUUCUGAAAGGCUUGAUGACCAAGAAGCCAGAACUUUUAGGGAAAAAAGAAUUUCCAAAACGGAACCUUAUUUUUCCUCAUGAAAUAAAGAUCCUGCCAUAUUCGAAUCUGCACACCUUUGUUCACUGUGCACAGAGAUUUGUGGAGCGAGACAGGACUCGUCCGUUCUCUCUUGUAGAGAGGUUUACUGAAAAUCACUUUACAGUUAGUAGUCAUCAUCGCUGCAAUAGUGUGGGGCCCAUGGCCUCCGGGGCAAGGUAACAUUCUCCUACAGUUCUGAGUCAUUAAUUUACUUUGGAAUUUUUAAAAAAAUGCCGUCUCCUCCUGCCUAUCUGAAAUAAACCACAGAACUGGUUUCCACUCUUAUCUCUGCUUCUGCCUGGUGAGGGGUUACUUUCCUACCCGUUCAGGAAAUCUGGAAUGCAUCUGAUGAUGGAGACGGGGUCUGCUGUCCUCCCAUUCCUCAGCUGCCCCAGGAGCAAUGUUCUUACAUUCAAGGCCUCCAAGGAUGUUUCCUUGCUGUCACAGAUUGAUAAAUACUUCUAAAAACUAGUCAUUAGAGGGAGUGUGGUCUGAGGUGCAAGGCAUGUAAGGAAUAAGGGGGCACCUAGGGCUCCUGAGAGGAAUAGAUAUCAUGGGACUGGGGGCAGAGGCAGCAGGCCCUCAUCACCACUGUCAGCUGCACCUCAAGUACAGUUAAAGGUCAAGAUUUUGAUUUACUGGUUUAUAAUCUUACUCUUUUCAGGUAAAACAAAUCAACUUAGUGUUACAGAUUUUUUUCUUUGGAUUUUUUUUGGCCUGAGUGCUGGGUACAGGAGUUGUCAACUAUAUAAUCUUCGAAGUGUCAAUUUUUAUGGGCUAUUUCAGUAUAUAUUUUAUUCAUUAAAUUUAUUUGAAAACUUCUGUUGUCACUUUAACUCACUGAUUCCCAGAUCUAUGCCUAGGGAGCUGACCAGGCAUUUAUCACCUGUAGUCGGCAGAUGUAUGGUUACUGCUAAUAUCCUCCUUCCCUAACCCUCUUUGAACAAGAUGUUUAUGAGGCAUCAGUUUAUUUUGUUGUGUUUUCUUCUUAGCCCAUUUUUACGUCUAAAUAUACCAUCUCCAGC